GCUAACCGAGUUACUCAAUUGGAGGCUUGUCGUCACUUUUAUCGUCACGUUGCAGUUCAUUUGUAGUCCUUGUGGACUUUAACGCCAGACAAUUUUAAUGUGAACUUAGGAAUUUGGGGCGGUCCCUGACAUUCCUUGAAUGAACGGACGAUAACUUUAAGACGGAAGUGUCCGUUGUAACACCUUGUAACAUUACGUUCUAUUGAUACUUCGUGGACACGAUUACGUCUAAGUAGUCGAGCCCAUUCGAUACCACCCACAACACAGCUGCUCACGUUGGGGCGUUGGCAUACAGGAGUCAAAACUGAAUAAAUAGCAGGGAGUUCUAAUCACCUUCCAAAUAGAGCAGUAUGUCAAUGGGAAGACGAGUCGAUAUGGAGUUCGCCUUUGACAGACCGGCGCCGAGUCGAAGUGCAAAUUGUACAGUGUGCAUCUCCUUCACUGCAUCUGUGGUCAUUUCUACAUUUGCGUGCACCAUGGUGGUCCUUCACCUCUUUGGUAUACAGCCAACGGUAUCUCCUACAAAAGAACCAACAGUCGACCAGUACCAUGGGAAGCUGACACAAAACAUUGAAAGCAAGCCUAGGUCCAAACCUCAUGCUCACCUAGUCGCAGAUUCCGGAUCAAAAAACAACAACGGAAUCCUUGAUUGGAAGAAUAUCUCCAAAGACGACCUCAACAUGGAGUACAACGUCAGCGAACGGAGUCUGGUCAUCCCUGAAAAUGGCUUUUACAUCAUCUACCUGACGAUAUCCUACCGUGCGCUGGACAAAUUUAAUUGCAAGAAGGGGGACCCCGUGUUCCUGCAACACUCCAUAACCCAAAUGAGUGAGAGGUACAACACGAGGCAAAUUAUCAACUCCUUCGAGACUGUGACAUGUGGUGACCAAUGGCUUAAAACCACACACAACAUGGCCAGGAUACUUUUACACAAGGACGAUAGACUCCAGGUGAAAGUGAGCCAUUACGACCUGGUUGAUAUUUAUGGUCAAUAUCGGACAAAAACAUUCUGGGGAGUGUACCUUGACCUCAAUUAAAUGUCAUUUUGUACAGUACAGGGUGUAUUGAGUUGAAAUGUACAUUAUGCAAAUUUACAACAACAUAAAUGUUGAAAUAUGUUUGGAGUCCAUAGAAGAGGCUGUACUGUGGUUGCCUAAAUGUAUGCUGUGGGUUUGAUGCUCGUGGAUCGGGUAUUCUUUCUGUAUUGAUGAUACUGUUAAGUGUAAACAGAAACUAUCUGGACUAACCACCUAACUGGAGAAGUAACUUCCUACUAGAGAUGGAACAGAGACAUAAAGACGCUUUCCUAAGCUAAAAGAUCCUCCUGGUUAGAUCUACCAAAAGUUUUCUUUUUUGCCAAAUGACACUACCAGUGAUGGUGUGUGUGUGUGUGUGUGUGUGUGUGUGUGUGUGUGUGCGUGUGCGUGUGCGUGUGCGUGUGCGCGUGCGCGUGCGUGCGAAUCUGAUAAGUAACCCCAUUGAACUCGGGGAAGUCAAGAUUGAGUUAACUUUCUUAUGAGGACCAUGAGCUGGCACUCAUACACUACUGAUGGCAUUCCACUGUGUGUGGUGUAUUUGGGUUACACCUGGGCAUGAGCUAGAUACAUUCUCUGCUCUGAUACCUAAGAUUGUAUUCUUUAUCUGAUCUCAGUGUUGCUGUGGGUGUGAUGCCACGAUACAAGUUCCUUUGUGAUGGCUAUAGAGUUUGCUUGAGAACAUGCUUUGUAUGUCACUAACAUGAAUAACCUGUAAAAUGUGCAUUGGCUACUAUAGCAUAUUGAGAUUCUUAAAUAUAGCAAAACCUUAUGGUACCUUAAGCUUAUAUUUAAUCAUCAGCGGAAUAUGUUAAAGAGUAAAGUAAGAACUGGAGUUAAGUACUCUAUCAUAUUAUUGUUCAUGCUAGCUAGACAAUAAUAAUUGAAUGCACCAUACUGUAUGCACAAAAGGCUCUUUCCUCAUACUAAAUUUCUUGUUUGUCUAAUUGACCAACUGCACUAUUGAGCUUCUGUCAGAGCAGCAGAGCCAUAGUCAUGAGGAUGACAAGAGUGAGGGGGGCCAAUGAGAAGUUCAUCUAUUGUCCAAUUGUCAUUGCUCAAUAAAAUAUAUUUGGAUUUAAUUUUGUCUAUUACUUAUGUGUGGUAAUAUUGUAAGACUAUUUAUUUGAUUUUUUCCUUAAUAUGAACUCAACUUCAAAUGUAUGGAAAUACAUUGUGUUGCACAAAAAGUUUUUAAAAAUAUGGUUUCCAUUUACAGUAAACACAUCUCCAUUCUUGUAAAAACAAAAUAAAAAAAUUGUUUUGAAUAAUGUCAAUUUGUAAUGUUGUGUUCUACAUUGAUUGUUAAUUCAUAUUUGUGCACUUUCUUCCAAUACAUACAAUGCUCCAUAUGCUUUUCUUAAAAGAUUUGUAUUGCUUCAGAUACACAUUUCUACUCCUUACAACA